ACUGCUAGCCUAGGAGGACUCGGUCAGGAACAAAUUGGUGUUGUACUUAUGUUGAUCAAUUAUGGCAGAAAGAGCAGCACACAUCACCUCGGCUUCAUUUACAACUAAACCUUCUAUUUUUGAAGUUUUAGCUCAAGAGAGUUUGAUGACAACCAUUCGACCAGCUCUAAAGCAUGCCGUAAAGGUUUUAGCCGAGAGCAGACCAGAUAAGUUUGGCUGGAUGAUACGGUGGUAUGAUGAGAUCUACACAACACUUGAUUUGGUUCUCCAGAAUUUUUACCUCCGAAAUCACUGUUCCUCCUUUGCUGAGAAUUUCUAUGGGAUCAAACGAGUGCCCUUAUCAGGAAUGAGUAGUGGUGAUAAACUCCCUUCGGUGAUCUUCUGGAAAUCUAUUGUCUGUUUGGCGUUGAUACCAUAUAUCAAACAUAAGCUGGAUGAAAAGUUUGAAGAGAUGCGACAUAAAUUGAAUGUUGGUUACAACUCCCAGCCCAGCCUUGCUGGGGGUUUGUCGAGGGCGUUUGUGGGAGUGUACCCCUACAUCCACAUGACGUGGGAAGGCAGUGUGUUGUGGUAUCAGCUAGCGUACAUGUUUGGGAGGGGACGGUGGCACACACCCUUUGUCCAACUGGCAGGAGUAGAGCUUUGUCAUAUACAAGAGGAGGAUCUUGCUGCUGCUGCUGUUUCAUCUAUAGACUGGAACUCUGCUAGCACGUCUGAGCGACUCGGAUACAUUGGGGAGCGGGCCCUCAACUUCACGGCCACCUCCUUGUCCACAGGACUGUCUGUUGGUGUCUUCUUCUUACAGUUCCUUGACUGGUGGUACACAAGUGAUUCCAAUGCUCCCUCACUGAUGUCCCUUCCUGUUCCAGAGCCUCCAAAAGAUGAUGCAGACCUAACCACGCCCCCAUACAAUGUGUGCCCGGUGUGCCUGAGGACUAGAACCAACGACACCACCUUGUCAGUUUCAGGGUAUGUGUUCUGCUAUCCCUGUAUAUAUGAAUAUGUGAACAAACACAGAUGUUGCCCAGUUACCAGCUAUCCAGCCUCUCAAGAACACGUGAUAAAGCUGUAUCCUCCAGAUUCUUGACAACCGCUGCUGAAGUCAAACAUCUGAGUGAUUGUGUAUGGUUAGGACAAAUUCAUAAAUUGUUUUGAUGAUUGUGUUUGCAUGGAAUGCAUUGUUGAAAAUCUUGUUAAUGUUAUAAUUAUAAUUUGUUAUUGUUGGAAAUUGAAUUUAAGAAUUUUGCAUGCUUUUAAUUAAAAUGUAAUUAUGACUUUU